AUGAUAUUCGAGGCAUUUGAAUUUCUACUUUAUACUCUAUAUCUAGCAUUAGCUUACUUGAUUCCAAUCGCAAUGGCUGCUAUAGCUUAUGCAUCGAAUGAUAAACCGAAAAUGAGUAGAUGGCUAAUACAUUUUUUGCUCAUCAAUAUUUUGAAGCAUACUGUGUUCCCAAUUCUAGCAUUCAUAUCAUUAUAGGCUCUAAAUGAAACCUUAGGUAUUUGCAUAUUGAUAUUGCCAAUUUAUAUUUCAUUUGAAACAUUGGAAUAAUUGGUUGAGAAUAAUUAUAAUAAUAUACUUGCUCCCAAAAUUGAAAUUUUAAGGCAAAAGUCUUACCAAGGAUUAUUAAAAUUUAAUUUAUUAUGAUUAUGAAUUUGUUAACAAUUACCAUAUAUUUCA